GGCAAAAUAGAGCUCGAGAGGCGUUCAGUUAGUAACCAGACUCACUCCUGGGAAGCUGUUCAUGUGGAACCAUCCUCAAGGUGUUGUGUCCCCUAGAACAAUGGACAUCUUGGAGCAGCAGUAUGAAGAAGAAAUAAAACUCCUCCAGCAGGAGACGGUGGCAUGUGAGAUCGAGAGGGACGAGUGUUUACGAGCUAUUUUCAGACAGCACGGAGGAGAAACCCUGCAAAACAUCCUAAAGACCAUCUCCAUCCGUAAGGAAAACGAAGACGGAGUGACAAAUGGAGAUGCUUCGAAACUCGUGACAGAAAUCAGUGAUCUGGAGGUGGACCACAGGAGACAGACAGACAUCAGUGGCAUCUUCCUCUCCGAGUGCUGGAUCAAGACAGUGGAGAAAAGCAGCACAAAAACCGUACAGCAGUACAGACUUAGUGGUCGUUGUUGGCUCCUUUCAUUCCAAGUUGAGUUUGUACUGACUGAGAUUCAGGAUGGUGAAACCACCCUGAAAAAGGUGACUGACCUUAACAUUAUAUCAGAUGGAGGCGAGUUUAAAGACUUGUGUGGAUUUCUGUCAAGUGUUGAAGAGUCAAGGAGCCUUUUCCUGUUCUUCAGAACCCUGAGGUCAUAUUCAGAAAGAUGCAAGCAGCGAACUUGUACAUUCCAACACUUUAAGAUCUGCUUCUGGAAGGGAACUUUGGAAAGACUGCUUUCAGACACUUUGGAUUUUAACUGCACACAUAGCGAUCAGCUAGUAAACAACAACCAGCCAGAGAACUGGGUUCUGUUGUCCAUUCAAAUAAAAUGGCAUCCCUUUGUGGUCUCCUCCAUAGAAGACACUACAGAUCUGCAUUGUGUUAUGGGAAAAGAUUGAGGCAAUUUAAAAGCAUGAUUUAAGGUUUACAACUUACACAACAGACAGAUCAUUUGCUCUAUUCUGUAGUGAUUGCAAGUUGAAAUCCUGACUGUGCCAUAGACAUUGUUUGUGGGGCCUAAGGAGAAAAAUUGACCGUCUAUUCUACCCAGUCACAGCAACACGAGCCAAUCAUGGGUGUCUGUGUGCUCAUGCAUGUGGAAUAGGGCACACAAUGCUUUCUGCCCUGUAACGCAGCAUGAACAGCAGUAUGAAAAUGUGCAUUAUUCUGUCUACUUCGGUUCAGAAGCUGUUUUGGAACAGGGGAGAGUUGAGUGAGAUUUGAAUGGUGACCAACUCGCGGAGAGAAAUGGAGAAAAAAAAAAAAAUUUGAAGGAUUUAAAUUAACAAAAGCGUGUUAUUAUAAACUAUAAACUAUGUAAAACUUUUAUUUACACCGUGAAGGCAGAACAGGUGUUAUGACAGGUGAAGUGAAUAACACUGAUUAUCUCUUCAUCAUGGCACCUGUUAGUGGGUGGGAUUUAUUAGGCGGCAAGAGAACAUUUUAUCCUCAAUGUCGAUGUGUUAAAAGCAGGAAAAAUGGACAAGUUUGGCAAAGGCCAAAUUGUGAUGGCUAGACUUCUGGAUCAGAGCAUCUACAAAACCUGCAGCUCUUGAAUGUGAAUACAUCAAAAAAAUGAAGCAACUGUGCAUUUCUUUUUUUUCGACAUUUGGUCAGUAAAACCAGUUCAAAUGAUUCACUGCAGCAGAGCACUACUGUAAUAAAUAGGUUUGAUACGCUG